UUUUUCUGUUUGUUUUCUGUAAUGUGUUUUCCUGAAUUUGUUGUAUGUUUAUUCUGGUUUUCUCGAUUGUUGUUUGUUUAUUCUGAUUUUUUGUUAGUUAUUUGUUUAUUCUGGUUUUUUUCUGUUUGUUAUUUGUUUUUCAUUGUUUUGUGUUUAUAUCAUUCUAAUUCUGAUUUUUCUGUUCGUAAUGUGUUACGUUUCCGGAAUUUGUUCUUUGUUUAUUCUGGUUUUCUUUUAUUGUGUUUUUAAUUAAUUCUGAUUGUUCUGUUUGUUAUUUGUUUUUAUUGUUGUCUUUUUUGUUGUUUGCUAAUUCUGAUUUUUUUGUUUUUGUUUUUAAUCUUGUUCAUUUCAGUAUAAAACAACUAACCGGAAAGUGCUACAGAAUUAAACAAGAUGCACUCUAUUUCUUUAAUUCUUUUUUCUCUGUCUAUGCCCCAAACUUGAUGGAUGUUGGCGCUGCUGCUGUUCGUCCCCAUCAGUGUUAUGUUGAUUUGUGUGACCAAUUAAUUUUCUCAAUGCUUCAACGUCAAGCAGAAACUUUAAAUUUUGUAAAUAAUUUAAAUUUGAAAUAUUCUUUGAUUGACCUUUUUUCUGAUUUUGAUGGGUUAACAAGAUAUGUUAAAGCAAAAUAUGAUGAACAACGUUUAGUCUGCCUUAUUGACAAGUCUUUAUUUGAAGAAGCAAAAUCUGUUGCUGCAGAAUUGAAAGAAUUAUUUUUGAAAGAAUUUUUGGAGGGCGAAGAGGAUGCAAAAAUUUUUCAAUUUAUUAAUUUGCCUGUUUAUUUACGCAAAUUUACACCUCCUUGGAUUUAUUGUCGUUGUAUAUUUCGAGGAGUUGAAGCAGCCCAAAGAUUAAGAGACUAUGAACUUGCUGUAAACUGGUUAAUAUUUUUGUUGAGUAAACAAGAACUCAAACAUUUUUGUAUCAAUUCCCGUGGAAGAUGGUAUAAACGCUUAGUGCUUAAUUUAAAUAAACACUUGAAACGAAAUGAGGAAGCAGCUAAAUUUUGUUGUUUGGGAAUUGAAGAAAAUUUUGUUUUGGUUUCUGAUAAAUUAUCGCUACAAGAGAGACUUGACAAAUUAUCUCAACGUGUAGUUGACUGUCCUCAGGCUUUGUUAGAGAAACGUUUGGUUUUGGAUGAACCAGAAAAGGUUUCAAUUACUGGACUUACAUUAGGAAAGGGCCUAGGCGAUGGUCUUCAAGUUAACCAUUUCUAUAUUCCCUCGACUUCAACUCAACCUAAUGUUAAUGAAAAUGUUCAACCAGAAACUACAUUUCAAUCAGAUACUUUGUCGUCAUCUUCAGAUACUUCUUCUUGUUCUUCUUUUACUUCUACAAAAAGAGGGAGAGGGCCUUCUGGACAACAACAGCCCUCAACACAAACAACAACAGCUCCAACAAACAAUACAAAUAUAAAUAAAUGUAACGUUGAAGAAAUUGCAUUACGUCAUUUUAUUGAAAAUGAAAAUUACAAAGAAGGAGUACAUGCUGAAGGAAAAAUUUGGCAUAUGUUGUUUAGACUAUUCUUUUGGGAUAUAAUUUCGUGUGUUGAAUUUGAGAAUGAGUUGGCUAAUAAUGUUUGGAUUUCGUGGAUGCAAAAUGACCCUCUCGAUCUUAAUUAUACAAUGUUCUACGAAAAUCGCUUAAAUUUAAUUGAUGCUCGACUUGAAAAAAUUCUCGAUUCCUUGUCUGAAUGUAUUCUAAACAAAACUUCUUCAACAACAUUUGAAGAAAGGAUUCCUUCCUCCUCAGGAUCACCCCAACGUAAAUCUCCUCGAAAAUCUCUUCAUUGUCCCUGUUUUAUUCAUUCAACUGUUGACAAACAUUACAACGAAAAAUUAUCAAAAACUAUGGGAAAUUCGGCUAGAAGUUCUACCAUUGAAUGGCACGAUUUUGAAGGAGGAAAAGAACAACUUUUGCGUUUUCUACAUUGUUGUUCACCUGUUCUGUUACAUGCUUUAUUUAAAAAGUUGUGUUCAAAUUUUCGUCAAAGCCGUAGUGGAUUUCCUGAUUUGACCCUUUGGAAUGCUGAGGAUCGCAAAUUAGCGGUAGUAGAAGUAAAAGGACCUAACGACAAAUUAUCUACUAAACAACAAAUUUGGUUAGACUUUUUUAAAUCUCAAGGUGUUCGGGCUGUUGUAUGUCAUGUUUCAGGUGAAAAUAAUUUAUUUUUGUAUUAA